CCCGAAGCCAUUGCUCCUAAAGUCACAACUUCGGCCAGCAGAGGAUUCAUGGAUUCCUUUAAACGCUGCGCAUAUCCAAUCCACUGGUAGCAUCAAUGUCCGCGAUAUCUGCUCUUCAGGCUCACGGAGCUUGCGGACGACCGACCCAAUCCGGUCCUCCAAGCUCCAGCGGAUUUUUGCCUCCAUGGCACCGCGACUCUCCCCGCAUGGUCGCAGUCCUGACAAGCAUCUGCAGCACGGCUUCCAUCAAUGCGAAUGCUGUUGCUGCUACAUGACGCCAGCUAUAAGAGGCAGCCUUCAUCCCGCGUUACCGAUUGUCUCCUCAGGCUGGCCUCACCCACUACCCCUACCCCGCACCGCUCUUUCCCUGAUUCUCCCAACUCUUCUGAAGCAGCUGGUCUGCAUCGUCGCCCACACGCAACUCCUCUGAUCUACCCACUCGACUCUUUCACUGCCUUCUCUCAUCGCUCAACAUGGUUCGCUCGUGGGCUCUUCUUACCAUCUUCGUUGCGGCAUCUCUCUCGUCUGGGAUCCCGAUCGACCGCCGUGGUUCCAAGGUGGAUCAAAGUCAACACUCAUCCGGCGUCGUCGAUGGUUCAAACCAUCCAAUUUCCGUCGACAGCGGCCAACGCAUCGUCAACUCUUUCGGGGCCAUCCCUCAGGUGCCCUCAGCCGGCAACAAUAACAAGGUGGACCCCAUGGGCAUGGCCUACAUCAUGGCUUCAGCGGGGGGGAUUGGCGAGCAGGGAGGUGCUAGUGCAGGCUCUCCCCCUGGUCAGCCUACGGAUGCAGGCAUUGAUAGUGCGAAGGCGCCUGAUCAGCAGAAAAGGGAGCUUCCCCCUCAGCUGCUUUUCAACCUUGCGGGCAUGAUGGGCGGUGGCAUGAUGCCCGGGAUGGGCGGCGGCGGCGGCGGCGGCGAUACUAAGACCGAGUCCAGCACUCAUACCUCUGGAACCACAAACAAUGCAAACCACCCGAUCCAGGUCAACUCUGGCCAGCAGGUGCAGAACAGCUUUGGAUCUCCGCCAUCCGCUAACAAUCGACGAAGCCUGCAACCGCCCGCCAUUCCAGCGAACGCGGCACACGCCGAAUUUGUGCGACGGCUUGUGGUGACGGGGCCUCCUUGUUCAUGCAAGGACAAACCAGAAGAGACACAUAAAGCCGAUUUGAAAACUCGAAGGUCUGGCUUGCUCGAAAGAGUGGAUCCAGAACGACGUUAUGCCUUGCCGAAGGCUUGCCAGUGCGACGGCGACACACGGAAAGUCGGAUCCAAAAAGCCCAACGAGUCCUCUGCUCACCCUCCGGCUUCAAGCGUCUCGGGCACCAGCGUGCCUCUUUCCUCCGCGACUCCACCCACACCCCCUCCUUCUUCAGGUGGUCCUCCUCCCGCGCCCCUCUCCGACUUUCUCAGUAUAUUUGCUACAUCUCCCAAAGCGGCUGCGGCGCUCAUGGCAGCCCAAGCUGGCGAUGCACAUCACAGACGCGACGAUCCUGCUCCACCUCCGCCCCCUCCCGCCUCGGGCCCCGCUGGUCCUCCUCCGACAACUCAGCCUCCGCCUCCUCCCUCGUCGACCCCGCCUCCACCACCUCCUUCGUCGGGCGGUCCUCCCCCGACGUCCUCGGGUGGCCCGCCGCCUCCUUCGUCCACGUCGUCGGCGCCGGCAGGUGGACCGUCUACGUUGCCAGGUGCCAAGCCCUCCCUUCCCUUCGCGAGAAUAGGAAUCACACGGCCUUUGGGCGGGGCCAAUGUCACCACGCAGGACAACCGCGUCGACAAGUCGAAUGACAGCCACGACAACAACUCCCAGGACAGUCACAACGACAACUCAAGGGGUGCUAAUGGCAACGGCGGCAUGUCCAACGUCACCGCCGGGGGCAACGUCCAGGAGAACACCAAUCUUCAACUGGGUGACGAUGUGCGCUGCACAGUGCCUUCCGAUGACGAUGACGGCGACGAUGACGAGGCGUAUCAGCAAUAUUUGAAGUCCCACCCGAAGGGAGACCAGAAGAAGCAGGGAGGUGAUGCGCAGAAGAGCCAGCAAGGCAAGCAGGGCAAGCAAAGUGGUCAAGGUCAAGGCCAAGGCAAAAGUGGCGGCGGUGGCAACCAACAGAGCAAUCACCAGGAUCACAACGGCCAAGGCUCCUCGAGAGGUCAGCAGGGAGGCGGUCAGGGAGGUAAGCGCUCCCUACUGGACGCCCGAGGCCCGAGUGGCGGCGGUGGCGGGCAGUGUGGCGCGUGCGUCUGCAACUGCUAUUGCACUCCCAACCGCCGUAGCCUCAACGGCAUCCCGUCGGCGCUGGUAGCCAUGCAUGAGCGACGUGGUGCCAAAACCGUUGUCACCCCGGCCAACUGUGCAGUUGUCAAGAGCGGGUCGGGUCUGGUAUAUGCCGGAGAGAAGUGCCACCUCAAGGGACAGAAGGCGAAGACGUCUAAGUGAGAGUUAGGGAAAGGAACGAGAGCGAGGUGGAGAGAGUGGGAGGUAAGCAGGGGCGUGGGCGAUUGGUGAGAGCCUUGCCGGGGAGGGCGAAGUCUGAGCAGAGAGCUUGUGCGAACCAUGUUGCUCGCUGCUAUCUUGGAUCUCGCAAUGCAUGCUCCUUGGACACAAUGA